AUGCCGCUCAACUUGGACGGAUAUCAGUGGCUUUUCCGCAAAGCGUCACAUGCGACUUCCGACAUGACCAUUCUGAUGACACCCAUGAGUGGCAAAGUGUUUGAGAUUCAAGAGAAGCUGAAGCAGCAGAAGGAAAACAAAAAGAAAUCAAAAGAUCCGAUGAAACUGCUGGCUGAUGAUACCAGCAAAACGAAGCGCGCCCCCAAGGCAAAAGCCGCUGGAAAGGCGAAGGCAAAGGCAAAGGCAAAGGGCAAAGCCUUCGAAGAAGUUGAGAAUGACGAAGGCAAAACAGAAUGCGAGGUCAUGUUGAACGGGGCGCAUGGUGUGCUGACCAGGGACAAAUACUUCGUGGACUGCUUGGUCAUGUGUGUGCGGAGCGCCAUCCGCUCCGCCCGUGCAAGGCUAGGCGCAAGCACUGGCGACCUCCCGGCUGACACGGAAAGUGGACAGCUCAUCUACGACCAGAUGGAGCUGUCCAUUCUCCACGAGUGUGUGCGUUACGGGCUCGCUUUCUGCCACACGAAGGAAUUCUUCUUGAAGCGAAGCCACAAAAAGUGGUCGUCGAUGCGACCUGUGCUACAGACUCACGCGAUCCAAUUGUGGCAGAAGGCGGCGAACUCAGCAAGAACGCUGCUCACAAGUUCUGGCACGCGUCCUUCUGACGCACAACUUGUCGAUCAUCUAUCGGAUGCUUUGCUGCUGCCAUCACCCAGUGCAAGCUCGACACGGACCGAGCUAGCUAAUGUGUUGCAAGCCCACGAGUCAAAUGCUCUGGAUACACUUUUGCCAGCACUGUUCGCGUGGCUUGACAUGGAGAUUUCAGCUACCAAGCUUACAAAUCCCUUGGAAGAGCAUGUGUCAAAACACCUGACAAUGAACAAGAUCAUGGUGCAUUGGGAAACCCUUUGCAGCUGUGGCGAGCACAGGACCAACAGUCACACAUGCUUGGUGCACCAACCAGAGGCUGAUGUCAUGGACUGCUUGUUUCAAGUCUGUCAGACGGUUUGUGCUGAGCUGCCGCCGGCAGUCGCAGCAGCCGCUCAGAUCAUUGGCCGCCAAACUACGAACAGCUGGGGUCGUCUGCCAUGUGCAUUGCGUGAGCAUGCUCGCAGCGAGUUUGUGAAUCAGGUGUUCACACUCAAUGCCGUCAGUUCAUUAGCGAAGCUACGAGCUAGCUACGUCAUUGAGGCUUGCCUGCUUGCAUUGCACGGGCGCACUCCCAUGCCAGCUGAACAGCUGAAGAAGUUGGUCAAAGAUCACGAGACUGUGUUCUGGAAGCUUGAUGCGUUGUGUGGGAUCGGACAUGCUGAAGCUGAGAUGUCAACUGCCUACUGCAAUGCUUUCAGUAUGCUGAUGAGUAAGGGAAAGUUCACCAUCGAGGAGGUGACUGAUGAUGCAACGAGUACCAAGAAGCAGUCUACUGGCGUUAAUGGCCCAACAGCCUCCACAUCCGCUUCCGCAUCCACAGGCACAGGUGCCCAACGCGAAGUCAACAAAGCCGAUGCUGCUGCUUGCGCAGCAGAAGCCUCACGGCUGCUUUCGUACACAGCGGUAGGGGACUUGCCUUCCGAAAUCGACUUCUCGAAGGGUGGCCAAGGCCUAUUGCUGAGAAGCAUGGAUCAUGAAGAUUCGGCAGAAGUUCCAGAGGGUGAAUCACAGUCACCGCCACCGCCGCUGUUGAAGACAACCGAGUCGAUCCAUGCCUUUCGACUUUCACUGGCAGCCGAGAUGAUGACGAGGGCAAGGAAGUAUGAGGAUGAGAACGGCUGUCGCAAAGCCGUGUGGUUCCACAUUGUGACGCAGGAGAAAGGCGACAAGACCACUACAAAUGUGGAAGCACUACUUCUUCUUGAUGAGUCCAACGAGAAGGUGUCAAAGAUUGUGCAAGAUGCAAACGUCGCCCAGAGAGAUGGUAAGCCGAGUGAGACAGUGCGAGCCUGGUUGGGUGACGUCACGACAUCUUCCUUCAGGGAGAAGUUUCGAUUGCACUUCUGGGGUGACAUCAGCUUCUUGGCCUUCUUGGCGGUUGCCCAGCAUGACGUGUGCCCUGCAUGUGUGGUAGACUUAUGCUGCUGCAGCAGCCUGCAGCGUUUUCCAAGGCAACGAUGCUCCGUUGAUUUCGAAGCCACCCAAAAUCAUGACGACACAGGUGCUUUGUGUGCAGAAUUGUGGCAGGCCAUUCAGGUACAGCGUCCUGGCUGCAUUGCAUUCACCGCAUUCGCUUUGCUUUGA